AUCAGUAUUUCUUUAAGCGUUAACGGUAGUGCAUUGAUAGUUCGAAACUAAGUGCAUAAUGGCUAAGAUUAUCAUAUUUGCGUUUGGAUUUUUAUGCGCAUGUACCGUUGCAUUUUCCAGUAAAGUUAGCGCACCACACACGGCGUUAAAGAGAAGUUUCGGAGCAUACGAAUUCCCCGGACUCGGAUCCGACUAUCAAAAUCUAGGCCUACACAAAUUUGAAACAUUUCCACUAGCUCCAUGGAAUGGACACCGAUCAGUUCUAUCACCGAUCGAAGUGGCUAAUGCUGUGGCAGCUGCUAAACAAGCAUCGCAAAAUGUUCUCAUCGCCCAACAACAAGUUCAAGUCGCCAAGGAGCAUGUUUUGAAUCAACAGCGAUUGGCUGCAGAGAAAGAGACCCAUGCAACAAUUGUAACCCAAAAGAAAGCAGCCGAAUCUGCAGCAGCUGCUCAGUCGGUUGCAUUGGCGCAACAGCGUUUAGCUGCAGCAAAAAAUUCAGUUGCACAUCAGCAACGCAUUGCCGCAGCAAAGGAAGCUCAUGCCGUGGCAGCUUUACAGAAUAGCCCAAAUAAUGUUGCAUACGCUGAGGUUCAACGAACAGAUAAUGAAGCGGCACGUAUAGCAGCAGCUAUUCAUCGUUCUGGAGCACAUUUUAAAGACACCAUUGUUGAGCCAUUUUCAGUACCUUUACAGCAUUAUUCAAUAGCACCAUGGCAUAAUCCUCUCAGCGCUUCUGUUGAUGGUGCUUGGUCCUCACCACUUUAUACCACACCGUCAUUUAAACCCGCAUUUAAUGCAUGGGGAUAAGCGUUUUUCUGAUGGAAAUGUGCGAACAUUACGUAAUGAAAUCCUGUGGUUUUAUGGUCUUUUAGUUAUUAUUAAAAUAAACAUUUUCUUUGG